AUGGUUGUGUCGCUGCGGAGCUGGGUCGCCAACGAGGGGGGAAAACAUUUGGUCCUGAUGCUGUGGUUGGGAGCUAACACCUGGCUGUUCCUAAAGACCUUCCUGCUCUAUGCCACUGGACAGCAGUAUCACUACCUCUACAAGAUGCUCGGGCUCGGUCUGUGCAUCAGCAGGGCGUCUGCGUCUGUGCUGAACCUGAACUGCAGCUUGGUGCUGUUGCCCAUGUGUCGCUCCCUGCUCACCUUUGUCCGAGGAACACACACGGUAUCGAGCAGAAAGACACGCAGACUGCUGGACAAGAGCAAGACCUUUCAUGUGGCCUGUGGAGUCACCAUCUGCAUCUUCUCUGUUGUGCAUGUGUCUGCCCACCUGGUGAACGUGGUGAACUUCAGUGUAAGCUACUCGGACGACUUUCCUUCUCUCAAUUUGGCUCGCUACAGAGGAGAGGACCCCAAGCUGAUCAUUUUGACCACAAUCCCAGGAGUCACGGGCAUCCUGUUGGUUCUCGUCCUCUUCCUGAUGUUCACGUCCUCCUCCUACUGCGUACGGGUGUCCAACUAUGAGAUCUUCUGGUACACACACAACCUCUUCAUUGUCUUCUACAUCAUCCUUAUGGUGCACAUGGUCGGUGGAGCUCUGAAAUAUCAGACCAACAUAGAGGCCCACCCUCCUGGCUGCUUCAGAACCAAUGAGAAUAGCACAGAGCAGCAGGGCAAGGAGCUGGACCAGGGAGAGGAUGAAGAGAGGAGAUGCAGAGAGGAGGCUCACUUCCAGCCGCACUACCCCCAGACAUGGCUUUGGGUGUCCGGCCCUCUCUGCCUCUACUGUGCGGAGCGUUUCUACCGCUACAUCAGGAGCAGUGACCCCGUUACCAUAGUGACAGUCAUCAGGCAUCCCUGUGAUGUUAUUGAGUUGCGCAUGCUAAAGAAGAACUUCAAAGCUCGUCCUGGACAGUAUAUUCUUCUUAACUGUCCAGGUGUCUCUUCAUUUGAGAACCAUCCCUUCACACUAACAACAUGUCCCACAGAGAACAAGGAAACUUUUGGCAUCCAUCUCCGAGUCGUGGGAGACUGGACUGAGCGGUUCACACAGCUGUUACUUCCUCAACCAAGGAUAGACUUGGAGAUCCUUCCCAUGGUGCAACAGAGGAGAUACCCCAAGCUUUACGUGGAUGGUCCAUUUGGGAGUCCAUCAGAAGAAGUGUUUAACUACGACGUCAGUCUGUGUGUUGCUGGUGGAAUAGGAGUCACACCCUUUGCGUGCAUGCUGCAUGCUCUGCUUGAUGGUUGGAGGGGUUUCAGGUUGCAGAGGUUGUAUUUUGUUUGGGUCUGCAGGGAGCUACAGUCCUUCUACUGGUUUGCUGAACUGCUGUGCGCCCUUCAUCACAAGCUUUGGAAGGAAAACAGACCAGACUACUUUAAUCUGAAGCUGUACGUCAGUCGGACAGACAGUCUGCAGAGCAUGUCUGAGGAGAAGUACCGCCCACUCACUUCGAGGCUGCUGGUUGGUCGACCCAGGUGGAAGUUACUGUUGGAUGAGAUCGGGAAGACCAAUAAGCAUAAGCGAGUUGGGGUUUUCUGUUGUGGACCUAAGGGCAUCUCCAAGACCCUGCACAGACUGUGUAACUCAGCCCAGUCCUCUGGAACAACCUUUGAAUUUAACAAGGAGUCUUUCAGCUGAUCAAACCGGUUCUACACUUCCUUAGUGAGAAAAACAAAAACAGCAACUUUGGGAUGGAUGGAUUUUCAUACAUUUUUUGGGAAAAUUCUUUUCUUUUUUUGAAGUAAAUCUCUGGAUACCUUUGGCCAAUCUUGGUUACUUGAAAUAAGAAUCUGUAGGCAAGCUGUCAGAUGUCCUUUGGCAUCUGUGAAACUGGCCAAAAAACACAAACAUUCACAGACUAUAUUUAUAUUUUCUAUGCACCCCUGCCCAUAGUCACAGAAGGCCCAAGAUCUCAAGACCUUGACAUGUAGCAUGAGGCCUCUUGCUCUUUACAAAACAACUGGACCCCUGACUGAGAGCUCCAAGAACUUCAGCUUCAGCAUCUGAUGGGACCAGCUUGGAUCCUCCUCUCCUGAUCUGUUUUUUUGAAGUUUCUGUUGGAUUUAAUCUUUUUCCUUAAUAAUCCACCCCACUGUGGAGUAAGUGUUUUUUUCUCAUGUUUGAAUCUAAUGUGAGAAAUCCAGCAAUGUUGCAACCACAAAGACAACAAGAUAAUGAUAUUAUACCAGAGGGAGUUCAACUUUCAGUGGACUAGGCCGAAACAUCAUGCAGGGACCAGACAAAUUGUUUUUUAUUCAAAUGUUUAAGAUGACUUAAAUAACCAGAGAAGUGAACCCACAUUGCCUUUGGCAUGCAAUCACAACAACAUGGGAGGUGUAAGCUCAUGAGUGCUGACAAAUGACUACACUGUUGUUUUAUCUUGACUAAAACUAGUUCAACCUCUACGUAUAUUGAUGGAAUGGAAGAGGAUGAUGGGAUUUUAGCUCUUGGAGUGGGACUAGCACGGGGUCUUAAUAUCCCACUCAUGAAAGCAGGAUUUGUAGUGUCUGAGCUGGGAGACAGAGCUCAGUAUCUGAUUGGUUUAUAAGACUGUCAUUCAUCAGGAUGGGACAGAUGAUUUGCUUUCAACAGAGAAAAGGAGUGGAGCCAAAAUGGACACACAAUGGACACUUGAAACAGUCUUUGAUUUCAUCCUGUUGUUUUGAAGAUUUGCCGUUACACCUCAAGCCAGUACUUUUAGUUAGUUUUUUUUUAGUUUUUUUUCAAUUUAUUUAUAUUAAAAAAAUAUAUUUUAUCUUAUGUGAAAAACUU